AUGCGUGAAAAAUGUAUAGUGUUUCACAUAAAAGUGCGCUUAAAACAAGUUUAUCAUGUGAAGUUACUUUACCUUUUCAUAAUAAUUGUGCAUUGUGCUCUGCUUGUGAAGUGUAAUAUGCCACCGCGAUUUGUGGACGGUCAAGCAGAAAUAGUAUUAAGACUGAAAGAGGGACCUGAAACCCCAGUCGGAUCAUUAAUUCACACAUUAAAGGGAUACGAUCCAGAUGGUGAUUCGUUAAGUUUUGGAAUAAAAAAGCAGGUGGAUAGCGAUAUUGUUCGCAUUGAAAAUGUAGGACUUAAUGUAGCUGAAAUAUAUUUAGCUAAGGAGUUAGAUAGAGAGGUACAGGACGAAUACGUACUGGUGCUAACGUUAACCGACGGCCGUUUAGGCGAUGGUUCUUUUAUUAAACAACGAUUAAUAAUUGUUGUAGAAGAUAUAAAUGAUAAUUCUCCAACAUUUUUACAACAUCAGGGCGAAUUCAGUAUUCCUGAAAAUUCAGCGCCUGGUAUUCUCACUGCUAUAACUGCUUCUGACAAAGAUGAAGGCGCUUAUGGACAGGUGCUAUACUAUCUUCAAGACUUGGAUUCAACUGAUAAAUUAGAUCAGGGUCUAUUUACAAUAACCACCCAAGGUGGAAAUGGCGUAAUUCGAUUAGUCGGUUCUUUGGAUUACGAACGAAGGCAGUCCUACCAGCUUCGAAUUUUGGCCGUGGAUCGAGCAAGUCGAGGGAAAGUCAAUACGGCGACCACGAUGCUGCUGGUUAGGGUGCAGGAUGUCGAAGACACGCCACCAGAAUUUGUUUUCGCACCAGCCUUGAGCAGAAUUCCGGAGGACGCCGAACUCGGGACAGAAGUCUUAAGAGUUAAAGCAAUCGAUGGAGAUCGUGGAAUUAACCGCACAAUUAGUUAUCGUCUGGUUAGUGAAUCCGACUAUUUUGAAAUAAAUAAUUCUACUGGUGCAAUUUUGACUCGUGCUAAUUUGGAUAGAGAAGCGACUUCAUCAUACGGCGACGAUGGUGCACACACCUUACGAAUUGAAGCCUUCGAGAUAUGUGGUUCCGAAUGCAUUGGCCUACCGCCUCGUACUUCCGUGCAGGUGACGGUUAUAGUGACCGAUGUUAAUGAUGAAACUCCAACAUUUCGCUCGGACAGAUAUGACUGCGAAGUUAACGAAAAUGCUCAGACGAAUACACCUCUGACUUACCUCGGAAAUGCUAUCCCAGAAAUUUUUGAUCACGAUCAGGGUGCCAAUGGGACUUUCGAAUUGUUUCUGGAAGAUGACAAAGAAAUAUUUGAUAUAACUCCGAAACGAUGUUAUAACGAAGCUAGUUUUUUAAUAAGAGUGCGUGAGCCAAAAUUUCUGGAUUAUGAAAUGGUAAAAAUGUUGAAUUUUACUAUUGUUGCUAGGGAGAUGACAUCAAACCCUAAAGAAAGCCGAGUUGCAGUGAAUGUGUAUAUAAGAGAUCAAAAUGACAACUAUCCAGAAUUUGAAGAAUCAAUCUAUGAAGCAUCAGUUGCAGAAAAUGCUCCACCUGGAACAACAAUUGCAAAAGUUCACGCCGAGGACGAUGAUGAGAACAACUUCGGCACCAGAGGCAUUCGUUACACCUCGCUUGGAGGAAGCAUUUCCCAUUUAUUAUCACUACAUCCGAUAUCAGGAAUCAUCACAAUUCGUUCAAUGGAUAACUCUGAUGGCCAUUAUAAAAGUUCGGAAAAUCGUUCAAGCCUAAUUGGGCUUGAUCGAGAACUCGCCUCAAAACAUUACUUAACUGUUGAAGCUCGAGAUGAUCUCGGAGACGGAAAUAGAAAUAAUGUCCAAUUGGUAAUAAAUGUGUUGGACGUGAAUGAUAACGCACCCGUAUUUAGAUUAACAAAAUAUGAAGCCAGAAUUCGAGAGAAUGAGAUCAAUUUUGAAAUGCCAUUGGUUUUGGAAGCUACAGACGCUGAUCUUAAUGGCACCGAAAACAGUAGUAUUGAAUUUGAUAUAUUAGAUGGUGAAUAUAUGGCCAAUUUCACAAUAGAUAAAAAGAAUGGUAUUUUAACUCCAACGACGCCUUUGGACUUUGAGGCAUUAGAAAAUACUACGGCUUACAUUCGGCCAAUUUAUUUAACUGUGAGAGCCAAGGAUCUUGGCAGCCCCAAUUUGUGGUCAAAAGUACCUGUGGUAAUAUAUGUGCAAGAUGUGAAUGAUCAUUCGCCUCAAUUUCAACAAGUCACCUACAAAAGAUCUAUUUCUGAAGACGUCUUGCCUGGCACAAACAUCCUAGAUAUCAAUGCGUUUGACAAUGAUGGAUCUUCGCCAAAUAAUCAAAUAGUAUACAGAAUACAAAGUGGGGCUAAAGAUAAAUUUAUUAUUGAACCGGAUACUGGAAUUAUUUCAAUAGCUCCAGGUGCUUCUUUAGAUCCUGAUUUAACGGAACCUAAAACCACUCUGUAUACAUUGACUGUGGUAGCAAUCGAUAACGGCAUAGAACGCCAGCUCAAAUCUACGGCACAUGUUAAUAUUUCCAUCAUAGAUGUAAAUAACAAACCACCAGUAUUUCGGGCUGUUGAAGAUAUUCUUAUCAAGGAAAACACGCAGGUGGGAACAGAAGUUUAUCAAUUAAUUGCCGAUGAUAAAGAUGAGCGGCCGUCAUUACGUUAUGCCAUUGAUACGUAUCAAUCGGAAGCUCGUGCAGAGAAUGGUCGUUUGCUAAGACCAGAGGAAUACGAAUUGAAAUCUGCCUUUGAACUUGAUCCCCUGGACGGAACUUUGAGAGUGGCGCGCCCACCAGAUAGGGAACAAGCGGAACUCAUAAAGCUGGUUGUAACUGUUGAAGACACGGCAGCUGUGGCAGGACGACAAACUGCAACAGCUGUUUUGACAAUAACGAUUGCUGACGAGAAUGACAAUAAUCCAGAAUUUAGAAAACUAUUUUAUAAGAGAUCAAUAACUGAAAACAGUAAAAAUGGAGUCUUCAUUGUUAAUAUUGUGGCUGAUGAUGCAGAUAAAAAUAGAAGUGUUACGUAUCUCUUAGAAGGUCCUGACAAUAUGAAAAAAUUGAUACAUCUGGAUAAUGUAACUGGAGAAAUCGUCGUUGCGAAUAAAAUAGAUCAUGAGCAAUUUACUUGGCUAAACUUAACAGCAAGGGCUACUGACUCAGGUGUGCCACCGAGAUUCAGUCUUGUUGAUUUAUUCAUUCAGAUACUUGAUGAAAAUGAUAAUAAUCCAUAUUUUGUUACUGAACUAAGUAAUAUUACAAUUCCUGAAAAUUUCGAAGUGGGAAAUGAAGUUAUUACCGUUUUGGCUCAAGAUCCAGAUUCUGACGCAUUUGGAAAAAUUACUUAUGCUUUGGAUCGCACGUCCUCUCAGGGCAAAUUUGCAAUAGACGCUGAUACCGGUGUCUUGUCGUUAAAUGGAAAAUUGGAUCGUGAGAUUAAAGACAAUUACGUUCUUGUCAUUGAAGCUUGGGAUAAUUAUGAAUAUGGAUAUGCCAGUGGAGAAAGUCGAAAUGCUUUCAAACAAAUAUUCGUUACAGUGGAUGAUGUGAACGAUGAAAUUCCGGUGGCGAAUUUUCCGAAGUCCUGCGUCUACGUGACUGAAUUCCAUGACCCGAACGACGUCAUUACUACGCUUAAAGCUUCGGACGAGGAUGAUAUUAGGACGCCGAAUGCUCGAUUAUCCUUCGUAAUCGUCGACGGAAACGAGAAAGGUCUGUUUCACCUGGAUCAAAUUGACCACUGGUCUGCUCGCGUUCUUGCUAGUGGGUCUUUAAAGGAACGUUAUGGUAAUUAUUCCCUCUUGAUUGAAAUAUCAGACUUAGGACUGAAUCCUAACAAAAUACAAGAAACGUUACACAUCUGUGUCACUGAUUUCAAUGAUCAUCCACCUGUGUUCGAUAUGCCAAUUGAAAAUAUAACAAUAAGAAUUCCAGAGAAUGCAACAAUAGGCACACCAGUAAUCCAGGUGCGCGCAACUGAUAAGGAUACUGGUAUAAACGGGGAAGUACGCUAUAAACUAAAACACGAUAUCAGUGGAAACUAUAAAACGUUUGGAAUAAACCAAAAGACAGGUGCCAUUGAGCUGAAAAGAACUCUUGAUAGAGAGAAACAAAAAAUUUAUGAAAUACGUGUAGAAGCAUAUGAUUUAGGAACACCGACACCGUUAAGCUCCGAACUCGAUUUGAGCAUUUAUGUUCAAAAUGUCAACGAUUAUGAGCCGCAAUUUUUAAUAGAUGAGUAUCACGUCAAUUUUACAGAAAACUCAUUUCCUGGCGAUGAGCAACAAAAGCUGCCUGAUACGAUUGACAGAGAUGAAGUUGAUGAAUUAGACGACCCUCCCUCCCUGAUAUGUUAUUAUAUUGUGGGCGGAAAUCAAGACGACAUAUUUCAUCUCGAUGCCAUUUCUCACGUGCUUACGGUGAAUAAAGAACUGGAUCGUGAAGAAACCAAUAAGCAUGUACUCUUGGUAAAGGCAUCAGUCAAUUGCUUGCAGCCGCCUCUAAAAAACAGUUUUUUUAAUUCUUCCGAUAAUACAUUAAUGAAAGUUGUAAUUAAUGUAAUUGACGUUAAUGACAAUGUGCCAAAAUUUGUCAGCAAUGUUUUUACUGGAGGCGUGACGACUGCUGCUGAUUUUGGCGCCCGAUUUAUGCACGUCAAGGCGACAGACAAGGAUGCUGGAGAAAAUGGACUUGUUAAAUAUUAUCAAAUUGGUAAAAUUCACAUGACUUUGGCAGAAGGUCUAGAUAAUAUACACAGCCCUCCCUUUUUAGUUGAUAUAAAUGACGGCGGAAUACAGUUGAAUUUUGAUCCACAAAAAGGAAUGAAAGGAUAUUUUGAUUUUAUUGUUUUAGCAAAUGAUACAGAUGGCUUUCAGGAUGUCGCACGUGUUUUUAUUUACCUAUUAAGAGAAGAUCAAAGAGUUAAAUUUAUAUUGAGACAGAGUCCACCUGAAAUACGAGACAAUAUUAAUGUGUUUAGAGAGACACUAGGAAAUGUUACAAAUUCUAUCGUCAACGUUGAUGAUUUUAAAAUUCAUGUCAACAGAGACGGUACUAUUGAUAAAACUAAAACUGAUUUAUAUAUGCAUCUAGUUAAUCCUAAAGAUCAUUCAAUUAUGGAAGUUCCUCACAUAUUACGACUUGUUGAUCAGAACACUGAAGCCCUUGACUCACUCUUCAAGGAAUUCAACGUCCUGGACACGCAGGCUGCUGAAGCAGUCCCAUUGUCCGAGGACUUCAUGCUGUUGGCUGGAGGCGGAAGGCAAGCAGUGGCCUGGCUUGCUUCAAUCGUACUUUUUCUAGCCGCUACGUUAAUUUUUGUUUUAGUCCUAUGCCUGACGCAAAGGUCCAGUUACAAACACAAACUUAAAAUGGCGAGGUCUAGUGUGUUUGGUAAAUAUGUAACAGGACGAGUGCCAAAUACAAAUAAACAUAGUGUUGAAGGCAGCAAUCCGAUGUGGUUACAGGCUUACGAAAACGAAUGGUUUAAACAAGAAGAAGAAUUCAGUCAAACAUCAGAAAGAGAUUCUUUAGAUGAAAAUAUUUUAGUGGAUGAAAGCUAUAGUCCUAAAGACAACACUAAUAACCCGACCUUGCCAACAGAAAAUAAUGAUUAUAAUGUCUAUCAACAGUUGCACAAAAUAUCUAAUUCGCAAUUACUAGGCAAAAAAUUAGAAACAACAGAAUUAUAA